GGGUAUAUCCGAAAAACAGAAGAAAACAAUAGCCGCUCUACAGAAAAGAAAAUUGUGCUUGUUUUAGAAAUCUUUCUUCCAAGAUACUGCAUAGGAAGUCAAUUGGUAAUUAGUGGCUAUUGUUAAAGUACAAAAAACAAAAGUGAAUGUGCUUUGGCCCUAAAGUUUACCUGUGCUGUUAAUAAAAAUAGUAUGGACUGUGGACUGGAGAAUAAGUUUGUGAUUCAAAAUCAAAAAUUAAAAUGAUUGGUCAGACAGUACUCAGUACAGUUACUCCAUUAGUAUUAGCAUUAGUAUUAGUCAUGAUUUAGUAGGGUAAAUUCAAAGAAUCCAUGUUUUUUUUCAGCAUUUGCAUUUCCAUUUAGUCAUUUAGACAAUAUCAUUUAUUAGUAAUAUAAUAUUAGUGUGUACUUUUACUUUUUAAUGUUUAGUGUGCAGUUUAUUCCUAGCCAAGGCCAAAGUAAAGAGUAAAGUGAACUUUAACUUACUAAAGUCUAAAUUGUAAAUAUUAACAUGUUUCCCACUAUUAUAUUAUUUUCUAAUUAGAUGAUAAUAACUACUCAGUUAGACUAGUUAGAGUCAGUAGACUACUCCUGAAAGAUGUGUCAUUUUGCUAGGAUGUGUUUUACAAAUAAAUAGUGGCCUAAAUAAAUUUUGUUUCAGGCCUUUAACUGAAAGUUGGCAUAAUUGCACUUAAAAAAAAAAAUAUUUAAAUUUAUUUCUGAAAUAAUGAUAUAUGACUCAUGAAAUCUUGAAGUCAAAGGAAUAAGCUUUAAGAAUGGUUUAAAUGAUUUAAUAUGUUCAUUUUUUAUGUACUUCAUACAAAGAAAGAUAAGUAAGCCUAUUUAAUUUUAUGUUAUAAUUUUUUUUAUUAGAUUAAUCAAUUUAAUCAGGUUGAGGGGCACAUGCUCAACGGGCCACAUUCACAGGAUUUGCUUAAUUUGAAUGAUGUUAAACUUAACUUAAUAACAAUGAUUAUUAUAUUUUUUUUAAAAAUAUUUUUUUGUGUGCAAAAAGCAGAGAAUGUAACAGCUGAAUUUUUUUAUUCAUAAUUGUAGGCCUAGAUUUUUUAAAUUAAAAAAUUCAUUAUGAUUUUUAGCUGGAAUACAUAAAUUAUCAAAUCGAUUGGUAUCACCUUAUGAAACCUAGGCUGGGGUCCUGCCCUGUAUAAGACUAUUUAUAAUAAUAAUAAUCCAGUCUUAAUCUUUGCACUUCCAACAGGUUCAACCGUUCACCGUUGAGUCAUCUAGACUUUCUGUCUAGUCUUAUCUCUCAUCCUCUUAUCAUAAAGAAUUAAAAGCAUCUUUCUGAAGUACCGCAUUUAAUUUAGGAAAUACAAUGGAUGCGCCAUCAAAUGGUGCAAAGUUGAUUACAGCUGUAGAGAGAGGGGACUUGGAAUCGAUUCAAAGUAUGAUUGAUUCUGGAGUUGAUAUAAACACAACAAAUAAUAAUGGAGAAACUGUUUUAUUGUUGGCUGCACGAUCUGGGAACAUUGACGUUAUUAGGUUAUUGUGUCAGAAUAAAGCCAAUGUCAACAAAAAAUCUGUAUUGGGCGAUACUCCACUAAUGGUGGCAGCAGGUGAGGGAAGACUGGAUAUUGUCGAGGAAUUUUGCCUGAGAUCCGCCCAUGUUAAUGCUACAAAUCUAAAGGGACUUUCGCCUCUGAUGUGGUUAGAUAAAGGAGCAGUAUUUGAGAUAGCUCAGUUGUUGAUAGAUAAAUACAGAGCAGAUGUCAAUCAUACAAAUACCGAUGGAGAAAGUGUGUUGAUAAGAGCUGUGAAUGAGGGUUUUGUUGGUGUUGUUAAAGUUUUAGUAGAAAAGGGGGCAUGUGUUGAUUACUCCACAAAAUCAGGAUGGAAUGCUCUCCUUAGAGCAACAAAGAAGGGUAAUGUAGAGAUAGUGUCUUUUUUACUACAAAACAAUGCUAACGUGAAUCAAAAGACAAAAGAUGCUUGGACCGCACUUAAUUUGGCAUGUUUUAAAAAUUAUAGUUCUAUAGCAGAAACUCUGAUCAGACACCAUGCUGAUGUCAAUAUUGUCAACUCAAAAGGUUUCAGUCCACUUAUGUGCGCAUGCAACAACAGAGACCUUCGGAUCGUCAAACUUCUAAUUGAUCAUGGUGCAAAUAAAAAUAAAAUAACAAAUGAUGGAAUGAAAGCCUUAGAACUGGCAAAUUUGGCUGAAGACGAAGAAGUUGAAUAUUUGUUAACAUUCGAUGGGGAUAAUAAUAAACUUUUAAUGCAAACGGCUCGGGAUGAAGGCAAAGUGAACAUUUUUAAAAUGCUGUUAGACUUUGGCAUUGAUGUGAAUAUCACAAGUAAAAAUAAAACUAGUGUUUUGAUGACAGCAUGCAAGGCUGGAAACCUGAAAGUGGUUCAGCUACUUCUCAGUAGAGAUGACGUCAUGAUUGACGCUGUCAAUAAUCAUGGCUGGAACGCCUUAAUGAUGGCGUCACAUGGUGGGCAUUUAGCAAUUGUCUCGGAGCUUCUGAAAAAGGGGGCAGAAAUUAAUAAAGGGAAUAAAUUGGAAAAUAGUGCCUUGCUAAUGGCAACUGCCCGUGGGCACAUAGACAUUGUGGAACGUCUCUUGCAAUCUGGGGCAGAUGUAAAUCACAUGAACCAGGACAGAUGGACUGCUGCAAUGUUAGCUUCUCAAAAUGGGACUCUUGAUAUUGUCAAAAUCCUAAUGUUAAAUAAUGCUGAUGUUGAUAUAGUCAACAGCGAUGGAAAAACCGCUGCCAUGUUGGCAUCUGAGAAUGGUUUCAACAACAUUCUGAACUGUUUGUCUGACCGAUGCAGGGGAGGCUCUGGUGUUGAAAAUGGGAUUUCUGUAGGAACUAAGGGAAUUUUAGAUAUUCAAAAAAUAGACAAAAAAGGUAAGCUUUUAUUUAAACAAUUCAUUUUAAACACUAUAAUAUUUUUUUUUUCAGAUUAAAAUGAAAUAAAUUAGAGAAAUAUUCAUUGCGAACAAUUAAAGAAGUAAGACAGAAAAUAUUGACUUUGAAAUUGUAUGUUUAAUUUGUAUUAAAUGUCACCUAUUACACCUAUGAAAGUUAAAUAUUACAGACACAAUAGUAAAAAAAAAAGUUUUUUUUUUUAAAUUUUAAAUAAAAAAUAAAAGCUUUAUCCUAAGAAAAAGAUUAAAGUAUAACAUUAAAUCAUUACCGACAAUAACAUUAUUUUUAAUUUACACAACAGUAGAAAUGUGCUCGAUGUUUUAAUUUUAAAUUCCCCACUAUACAUAUAUAUAUGUGUAUAUUUAUCAGAUUUCUCUUUCAAAUUGCUUUUAUCUAAUGAAGAAUCAACUAAAAUUAAUAUUAUAUUUACAAUUCUACUACAUUACACAAAAUCUAAACAAUAGUUCACUUAAUAAAAUAAUUUUUAAAAUUGUAAAUUUUUAAGCGUAAUUUUUAUUUCUUUAUUUCAACGAAGUGGCUAUUCAUACCCCGGUACCAGAAGUGAGAGCUUGGGAUUAAAAAACUAUUUAAAAUUUUAUUAAUGGGUUUGUAAGACAAAAUGAGGUAAUGAAAGAUAAUUGAUUGGACUAGGCCUAUAUAUUUGUAAACUUAAUUCUUCAGUUUAACUAAAAAUAAACUACCACAAAUGACCCGGGUACGAAUAGUCGCAGCCUUAUUUUAAUUGUCUAAAUUAUUUUUUAAAGUAUAUUCUUGAAGUUUAAAUAUUUUGAGAAAGAUAUGAUAUAAUAUAAUUAUAAAUGAUUUAUAUCCAUGCUAAAUCAUAGGUUUUUAACUAAAAAAAGGUAACAGUUUCAAUGAUUAGUUUAUAUAAAUAUAUACAGAUAUACUUUUUUAUUUUUUAAAAGCAAGGACAAAAAUAAUUCAUAUUCAAUUUAUUGUUAAAAUAUGGUAUGAUAAAUAAAAUUUGGCCCGUUUUUUUUUUUUAAACAGAAGAUGACACCGAUGAGACUUUAAAUAAAAGGCUGAUAGUGAAUAAUUUGGAACACAGUGAGGGGGCUGUAUCUAUAAAUGGUCAAGCCAUAAAUAUUGAUGGUCAAGGCGUUGCUCUCAUACCACAAGUAGCACAUCACGCACACUUCAAUGUAGCAGCAGGGUAAGUUGUUAGACACUCAAACACAUUUUGUAAGAACUGUAUUUCCUGAGAUGAAAAAUUCAAGGCGUCAUUCUAAAAUUUCAAAUAUGUUCUACACAUGCUUGAUUUUUCAAGGGCUACAGUAAAAUCUGGUUUAUGUUUAUUUGUAUGUUCUAUGUUCUGAUAUUGAGUGAAAUAAAAUUAGAAUUACAUAAAUUAAAAUGGCGUUAGGAAUAUUUUGUCUCGAUACAGCAAUGGCCUACAAUUUACAUAGAGUUUAUAUAUAGUUAUUAAUAGUAUCAUUGUAAUUUACACCAUCAUCACGUUGAGAUGGACAUUAAACAAAAUUUUUGUUUUAUUAAAUAAUUACAGAGUUCUUCCUGCUGUUGUGCAACAACUUGUUACAGGUGUAAGUCAAAUGCAGAUCGCUUCCCAAAGUGGAACUAUAAUAUCACACCCACACAUUGUUAAGUAAGACACUCAUUUUAACAUUUUGACUAUGCAGCAUGCAAGUGUAUGCUUAAAUAGGAAAAACUAAUUUAAUGAAUUUUAUUACUGACAUUACAUUUCCAUAAAUGAUUCUGAAUAUUUUUUUGUUAUGACAAAAUUGGGGACUUACUUCUGAUUUAAAAUAAUCAUUAAUAAUUUAUCAGGAAAUCAAUUAUGGCAUUACAAUAAAACAUGUAUUACACAAUAUUACAAAAUGAUUAUUUAUGUAUUAUUUGUUUGUUUUUAUUUUAUCAGUGUCUUUGUAUUGCAUCAGUCAAAUAGUGUGACCAAUAAUUUCACGAAUGUAGUCCAGGAAAAAGGUAGAUAUUUUCACAAAUUUUUCAAAAAAGUAAGCUAUUAUGUCUCUCUCUAACUCUGUUUCUGGAUAUUUCAGUCUCAUGCCACUAUAUCUCUUUCUGUCCUUCUAAACAUUAGUAAAUAUAAAUAUUUAAAAUUUAACUAUACUUCAUUCACAGUAAAUAAAAAAUUCAAUGUUUGGUAUGAACAGCGAUAUAAGAUAAGAUUCUUGUAUUGUUCCAAAUAGAUGGAGAGGUUUUUAUUUACAUUUGACAUAUACAUUUCAGCACAUAAAUAAAUACAUAUUUUAAACCUAAAACAUUUUGUAACAUAACAAUAUAACCCAAGAUUUAAAUAUAUUUCUGUAGCUUAAAAUUCAGCCUGAAUCAUAUUCUUAUGUUAAUAAUCAAAAAAUGAUCUAUAUACCGUUUUACUAAAGAAUUACUUCUUACUUUGAUAACUUAACUUCCUAAAACACUAACAAAAUUUGACACUUCACAAGUAAAUAUGAAUUCUAACAUGACAUGAGAAGAGCAGCCAGUUCUUUAAACAAUUAUAAUUCAUCAAAUCUUGUCUUCAUGCAUAAAACAAUUCAGAACUGUUUUUAAUUUCAGAACAAAUUAAUACUGUGAAAGGAAAGUCAGAGAAAAUGAAGCCUGAGGAUGAGGACAAAAUUAGGAAAAAUUGGGAAUUCUUGAUAGAGCAUUUAGAUGCAAGGGACAUUGCUGCCGCCAUGUUUGAAGGGGACAUUUUUGACUUGAGUGAUAAGAGGGAAAUAGCUGAGCUUGAGUGUAGCAAGAAAAGAAAUGAAAUACUUUUAAGUAAACUCUUAAAUGCGGGACCGGGGCCAGCAUUUCAAACAUUUUUAACUGUUUUGGAGAGAGAUCACAGUUUUAUCGCACAGAGAUUAACAGAAAAUGUGUCAUGUCCUCCUCUCACAUCAUCUGUGACGUAAGAGUCCUGUUUCAUGUUUUGUAUUAGGCAUGUAUUAGUUAUUAAAUCAAUGUCGCUUGGACUUACCAACAAUAGAGAAACAUGGGUCAAAAGAUUUAUUUGUAUAACUCAUCAAGAAAUCAUAGUCUUGGUGACAUAACGUAUUAUCCACUAAUUUCAUACGUAGUGGAAAUGCUGAAUUUAUCAAAAUACGUAUCAGUUGUAAACUUAUUAUAAAAAAUUAUGUAUUUUUUUUUUAAAAAAGGAAAUUGGAAAUAAAUGACUUUCAAUUUAAA